CGUUUUUACUAUCAUUCAUUCUUCUAAUUAUCAUACAGGACACGACAGAAAAUUCAUUCAAUUUAUGUGCAUUACAUACAUGUACGUUUAAAGGCAGUAAUCACUACUUUGUUACUUUUCCUCUAGUUUAAAGUGUAAAUAAAUGAAUUAAUUUAUUAUCGGUAAGAUAAUUCCACAAUAUCACACUUGAAAUCCAUUUUUAAACAUACAUAGAAAUUAAACGCACAAGAGACGGAAAUACUUUUUUUUCCUGGUGGGUUCUAAACCAGCCCCCAGGAACAAGGGUGGAUCUAAGGGGCUCAGAAAAGGAAUCUGCUUUUAAGCGCUCAGCCGAUAGGCAGCGCUUUUUGAUUUCGACUUAGAAACUAUAGCAUAGAAACUAUAAGUCAUUAAAACAUAUGUCUUAAUAUUUCACAGUCCUUAAAAUCAGCAGAGGAUUGAUUAAUUGAAUCAGUGAGAAUGAAAGCACACCAACUUGAAAAAAUGAAGACAAUCGAGACACACACAAAACUAGAGAACAGGUGAAGAAGUUAUAAGAAAAAGAUCUUUGAUGCCGAAAGGCAAGUACGUGAGGGCACUUCAAAGGUCCAAGUUGGAAUAGAGGAGCUAACUUCAAUGGCCCUCAUGAAAAUUGAGCAUCUUGGAGUUACCGCGUUGUUGUGUUUUCAUUCCCACUGAUUCAAUUGCCUUCUUUCCUAAUGCAACUUCAACGGAAUUACUGAUAACCUCACAUUAAUAACGCAUUCCUCAGAUGAGAUGCGCCCCCCCCCCUUUCCCUAUUUUUGAAAAAUAAAAAUUAGUAGAGGUGAUACUUAUACACAGCCUUGAAGAACCCUGACCCUUCAUGUAAUAAUAAUUCAUAUGAUAUGAGAUCAUUCACCAAAUGGGUUUAACAGCACCGACAAAUGAAAUAAACAAAACGAAUGAUUGACCAUUAUCAGUAUGUGACUUUUCUCUGAUGAGUGUAGAUGUGGAUGAAGGCAACAAGUAACAAGUGACCUCUUGAGGCGAAUUUCAUUUUGUGGAUCGGAACUACUUUAGCACCGGAACCUUGCAGCUGCCGUUUGAUUUAAGUUCGGAAAUUCCAAUCCGGUGCGACAACGCAAUGUGGCAACCCUGGCAGAGUUUCCACGAUAUAUCGAUAUACAUAGCUAUGCAUGUUCUAAUCUUAUCAUCAAUCUCUGUGAGAAGCAAAGAAGUGACUGUGACAGACAAUCCCUUGCAAUAUUCGCCAGAGAAAAUAAAGGCCGCUUUGGAGGAGCAUGAAAUAAUACCGGAUGCAUUAGACGUCGCACCUGAGAAGGGAAUUAAG